CGGAAGCUCCCUCGCACUCCGGACCUGCAGCGCUUCCACGCCCCUUUGAGGCCAUCUUCUUUUCGACGGGCGUCCUUUGUGAAUAAGGAUGGCUGCCCACAUGUCACCAAUCCGGGAGAAACAUCAGGAAUCACCCCACUGCACCCAGCUGGCCGUCGCCGUGGCCUUCGUCAUCCUGUGGCUACAAGCGGCGGACGGCUGGAUUGUUCAGCAGCCGAAGGAGAACGUGUGGGUCACGCUUGCCAAGUCCUUGCAGCAGGACAAUCUAUGUUUGGCCAUGGGCAGUGUGGACAACCCCUUGUCCACAUGCCUGGUGGGGGUUCCCCUGGUUGCCGACGAUUGGCCAGUUUUCAACUCCGACCUACUCCGAACCACGGGUAAGAGACCCAACCCGGUCGACACUUGGGACGAGUGGACCAAAAUUUUGUCUAAUAGCAAAGAGGAACCCCAAGAAUUGGACCUGCUGGGGUCCUCUCACGCAGAAUACUGCGUCAAAUUUUAUUAUAGGAGGCCAAGUCAGAAUUGGCAUGGACUUGACUUGGCCAAGAAUACGUAUAGAAAAGACGUUACACCUUUGAGCAAAAAAUAUAAUAGCCAAACCUGGUGCAAUUACACCAGCCAGGUGGUUUCGGUUUCGUCCACACGUCCUAAGGUGUUGCCCAAGGGGAUGUUUCUUAUCUGUGGGGACAGAGUGUGGUCAGGCAUUCCCUCUCGGCUCCAGGGAGGACCAUGUAGCCUUGGCAAGCUUGCGACUCUAACUCCAAAUAAAACCCAGAUUUUAGAAUGGAGGAAGGAAAAACAAUUGGCCCGCAAGAAACGUUCAUACGACCAAUUCGAUUCAAAUUGUGAUUCGCAGUUGUACAAUUGGGGCAAGACCAAGAGAAUCGCUGCGUCCAUAUUCCUUCCAUGGUACGCAGCAGCAAAAGCCCUUGGUGAGCUUUCUCACCUGGAGUGCUGGGUAAACAAGAAUGCCAACGCUACGUCGGCCGCCCUCUCAGACCUCUUGGCGGAUGAACAGACCACCAGGCAUGCAACCCUCCAAAAUCGGGCUGCGAUAGACUUUUUACUUUUAGCCCAUGGCCACAGCUGCGAGGACUUUGACGGGCUUGUGCUGCUUCAAUCUGUCAUCGAGAAGCAAAUCCAUCCAGGCCCACAUCCAACAGAUAAGAGAGCAAGUAAAGGACUUAAAGACUGA